CGUUCGCUGGGAAGCUCGACCGCCAUCCAAUCGAUUGUACGGCGGCUCAAGAUGUCCGACCCACUCACUGACAACCAAUAGCGGCUUCAAGAUCCAACUCAAAGCCAUGUUCAUCGAUACAUCACUGAACAGCAUGGCGAAGAUCCUGGCCAAUCUCUACCAGAGCUUCUACGAAGCAGCAGCAAGAUGCCUUGAGUACGUACGCGCGCUAGCUAAGGUGCGGACAGCGUGUUCAAGCUUGCUUAUCAAAACGGUAGACAACAUCAUUGCACUUGCAUUCGUGAUGUUGCAGCGUCGGUCGCGGUCGCGCAGCAUCCAGUCCGGCGGUCAACCGCUGCAAAGCGCCGUCUCGCGCCGCCAUGUUAUGUGGCUGGCUUGUAGGGCUUUUCAAACGGUGUUUCAGCGGAGACAAACAAAACAUUGCGUUCUGCUCAAGUGGCUUGGGGGCGAACUGCGCAAAGCACGCUUCUCGAGUGAGAUGGAGAGGGGGGUGUUGGAGAGUGCAUGUGCGUGGGGGCGGUAGAUAGUCGAGCGAGAUAUGAAGCAUGCGGUAAGUCGAAGGGCUGGCGGUGUGCGUGUGAUGCGCAAAGAUGCGUUGUGUUGA